GUGGGCUGGUGACUGCAAGUUCGAACUAAGAAUCACACCCACAGGAAAAUGAAGGACGAAAAAAGCGAGAUGAUGAGAAAAUGCUCCUCCGAUUCCCGGUCUAUUACUUACGACGCUCUCUGGCAGUAGCAGCAGCGGCAAUAAUCACCAACUCAUCAUUUUCCCGCGCUGCAACGAACUGCAGAUAUUCGUCUACGUACCCGGAAAUCGAUUUCGUCUCCUGCAACGAUCAGAUUGCGUGCGAUGUGGAGAAGGAGUCGAGUUAUGAGAAACAGGAGCUCUUCGCUCGGUUGCUGCGAAAUGGGUCAGUAUCCAAACCUCAUUACCUCAGCAGAUUUGUGUCUGCCUGUGCACACUCGUCAUAUCUGUCCGCGGGAGAGCAAGCUCACUCCGCAAUUAUCAAGCUCGGCUUUGAUUCUAACGUAUUCAUCAAUAGUGCCCUCGUACAUUUGUAUGGUAACUGUGACAGCAUUUCGUCGGCACGACAGAUGUUCGAUGAAAUGCCUGAUAGAAAUGUGGUCUCUUGGAAUUCUUUGAUUACCGCUUAUCUUCAUGCCGGGUUUCCCCAUAUUGCCGUUGAAGUGUUCUUGGAGAUGCUCAGACUUGGUUUUGCUCCAAAUCCAUCCACUAUCUCUGCUCUUCUAGUGGCUUGCUCACGAGUAAAAGCAGGGGAGUUGGGAAUUCAGGUACAUGCUCUUGGUCUGAAGUCUGGUGUUUCGUCUAAUGUCUUCGUGGGAACAGGCUUGAUUGACAUGUACUCGAAGUGCUCAAAUAUUGACGAUGCGAAGAGAGUGUUUGAUCACUUGCCAGAUAGAAAUACAGUUACGUGGACUUCAAUGGUCACUGGAUAUGCACAUCAUCAACAAUCUAAUGAGGCCAUGAUUCUGACAAGAGAAAUGCGGCGUUUGGGUGUUAAACUGAAUAGCAUAACCUAUAACAGUCUUUUGAGCUCAUUUUCUAGUCCGAAUGAUUUGGAUCAUGGCAAGCAAGUUCAUUGCCAAGUAAUCGAACAAGGCUUGGAGUCCAGCACAUAUAUAGUAGUUUCCCUCAUGACCAUGUAUUCAGAAUGUGGUUCUUUGGAGGAAUUCUGUAAGAUGUGCCCUACCAUGUCAACCCGGGAUCAGAUAAUAUGGAACUCUGUCAUUGCUGGUUUUUCUCAUUUAGGAAAGGGUGAGCAGGCCCUUGAAUGCUUUGCUAGAAUGCGGAAGGCUUGUAUAACAAUUGAUUUCUUCACGUUCACAAGCGUCCUAAGAGCUAUAGGAAUCCUCUCAGCUUUGGAAGAAGGGAAGCUAACUCAUUCUCUGAUUCUCAAAACUGGGUAUGCAUCACAUGUUAAUAUCCAGAACGGCCUUGUUUCCAUGUAUGCAAGAUGCGGCUCAAUUGAUGAUUCAAAGCAGGUCUUCUCAUCAAUGGAUCAACCUGAUUUGGUUUCAUGGAAUUCACUCCUAUCUGGAUGUGCUCAACAUGGUUAUGGUAGGGAGGCUGUUGAUUUGUUUGAGCACAUGAGAAGAACUGGUAUCAAACCAGACCAAACCACUUUCCUUUCAGUGCUCUCUGCAUGUAGCCAUGUUGGGUUGCUUGAUAAGGGGCUUGAAUGUUUUGAUUUGAUGAGACGUGAUAAUUCACUGGAACCUCCAAGAGUAGAGCACUAUGCUUGCAUUGUUGAUAUACUUGGUCGAGCAGGGCGUCUGUAUGAAGCGGAAAACUUUGUGAAUAACAUGGGUAUAGAGCCAGGACCCUCGGCCUACAAAGCUUUGCUGAGUGCCUGUCAAGUUCAUGGAAAUGUAGAUAUCGCAAUGCGUUCUGCCAAGAAACUUCUUGAACUGUGGCCUAAUGAUCCUGCAACAUAUGUGUUGCUAGCAAAUAUCUUGGCAACUGGGGGUUGUUGGGAGGAUGCCACAGAAAUACGCAAACUUAUGUGUGAGAGGGGAGUGAGGAAGAAGCCAGGUUAUAGUUGGAUUGAAGUUAACAACCAGAAUUAUGCUCCUCUGUUAGAAGGGGGAACUGGUGACUUGUAAUGCACCAGUGUUGUGGAAGUGCUCACACAGUAGAUAGUCAUGCCUCUGAUGGUUGGAUUGGAAUGAUCUAACUGUUAUCAUGUCCAUGUUAUUGUUAUUGAGGGACACUCAACUAUUUUGAAUUGUGUGACUGAUCUAACCCACACCAUAAAUUUCAAAUAUUUUUUUGCUUUUUUCAGAUAGAUGUAAAAUGUUGUUGAAGUUAUGCAAAAC